CAUGUCAAAUUAACAAUGCACACAAUCUUAUAUUUGAACCUUAUGAACGUCAUAUAUCAAAAUUUAUUUUCAUGCCACAUACACAUUAUUAAAUAUCAAUAAAAAUCAAGCCAAAGUAUUACUAAUAAAUGCACAAAAUCGACAACAAACAUUAUCAAAAAAUACACGAAUCGGAACCAUCUCCCGUGAUGCAACAUAUACUAUAUAUGCAACUACACAAAUUCCAACAAAAAAUAAUUCUAUUUUAAAUGAACAUCAUCAAACAUCAACUCGACAUUACAAUAAAUUGAAAUUCAGAGCUGUCUUAUGUAAAAAGGACAACUCGAAUCAAGAAAAAUUAAAUAUUAUUUGUCAUCAUUGCGAUGAACAUUUUUUAUCUGGAAAUGAUUUACAAAAACACUUACGAGGAAAAUGUUAUUCAGAACAGAUUCGACAACAAAUACUCGAAUCGACUAAACAUAUAGAAAAUCCAAAACAUCGAUUAGAAAUUCAAGAUAUUUUAUGGCGAAAUAAAAUAUUAUUUGAUCCUACACCAUCAAUUAUUAAUAUUCCUCCACAAUCAGCAAUUAAAACUGCUGAUCAUCCACCUAUCUAUUCAGAACAAUAUCCAGCAUCAUCUAAAGAUCAAGAAAUUAAAUUUCAAGAAACACAAAAAUUAUUAGAACGUGGUCAAAUUGAAGAAUCAACUUCACCAUGGUCAUCACCGAUCGUUCUUGUUAAAAAAAAAGACAAAACUAUGCGAUUUUAUGCAUUUCCAUUACCUCGUAUUGAUGAAAUUUUUGAUCAAUUAUCUGAUGCAACAUAUUACACAAAAUUCGAUUUUAAAUCUGGUUAUUUCCAGGUACCUCUAUCUAAAGAGGACCGACCUAAAACUGCAUUCUCAACUCGUGAUAAUCAUUAUCAAUUUACAGUUCUUCCACAAGGAAUAACAAAUGGUCCAGCAACAUUUCAACGUGUUAUUAACCAUAUAUUAGGUCCUACACGAUGGAAAUAUGCAUUAGCAUAUAUUGAUGAUGUAAUUAUAUACUCAAAAACAUUCGAAGAACAUUUAUCACAUCUCAAUGAAAUUUGUCAAAUAUUAAAAGAAGCUCGUUUUCGUCUCAAUCCAGAAAAAUGUGAAAUUGCUCGAACACAAACUAAUUAUGUUGGACAUCGUAUACAAAAUGGUGAAAUUCGUCCAAGUCCUACCAAUAUACAUGGUUUACUAAAUACAAGAUUACCACAAACGGCAGAUGAAGCUUGUAAAUUUGUUAAAGCAGCGGAAUAUUACAGAAAAUUUAUACCUAAUUUUUCUCAAAUCGCCGAACCACUUCGAAAAUUUGUUCCAACUACACGAACUCAAAAAAAGAAAAGACAAAAAACUAUUAUUACAUUAACAAGUGAAGAAAUUAAAGCCUUCGAACAACUUAAAAAAUUUCUUACAACUGAUCUGGUAUUACGACUUCCAAAUAAUAGAUUCUCUUUUAAAGUACAAACUGAUGCUUCGGAUGAGGGAAUCGCUGCAGUUUUAUUACAAAUUUAUCCCGAAGGUGAUAGACCGAUUGCAUAUCUUUCCAAGAAAUUUACACAAGCACAACGUAAAUGGUCUCCUAUGGAACAAGAAUGUUAUGCAUUUAUAUGUGCAUUAGAUAAAUGGCACAAUUAUUUAAGUGGAAUUACAUUUAUUUGGGAAACUGAUCAUAAAGCAUUAACACAAUUAAAUAAAAAAGCACAAGUUAAUAAACGAUGUGAAAGAUGGAGAUUAAAAAUCUUAGAAUAUGAUUUUAAGGUGAAAUACAUUCCUGGUUCAAUUAAUUUAAUGCCUGAUUAUUUAUCAAGAUCUCCAGUUAAAGAUGCUGAAGAAGAUCCUGAUGAAACUACGCAUCUUAUUUCAAAAUCAACACAAACCGAUACUUCAAAUAUUACUAAUCAUUCAUCUAUUGUCGCAGCCGUUGAAACACGUGCUAUGAAAUUACGAAACAAAACUUUAAAUGACAUUUCAAAUACAAAAUUACCAUCAGAUUCUCUGAAUACUUCUAUUGAAGAGAAUCGCACAACUCCAUUUUCAAUUGAAGAAUUAAUUCAAGCUCAACAAAAUGAUGAUUACUCAAAAAAUAUUCUAAACAACAUCAAGAAAUAUAAAAAUUAUAUGACUAAAGAUAAUCUAUUAAUGCGUCGACUGAAUCCACCAGUUCCUUACGUACCACAAGGUGAUUUCCGAAAAACAAUUUUACAAAUUUAUCAUGAUACUGCAGCAACUGGUGCUCAUUUCGGAAGAGAUAAAACAAUACAUAAAAUUAAACAACGUUAUUUUUGGCCAUCAAUGUACAAAGAUAUUAAUAAUUAUAUUAAAUCAUGUAUUCCAUGUGCACAAUUCAACCCUCGUCGACAAAAAAAUCCUGGUACCUUACGACCUAUCAAACCUCCAGAAGGAGUAUGGCAAUUAGUAUCAAUGGAUUUCCAUGGACCUAUUACUCCAACAUCUCAACGUGGAAACAAAUAUAUUAU